UGGACAGAGAGUUCAGGAAAUGGAUGAAGUGGUAUGGGAAGAAACACGCAGAAUACACACUGGAAAGAGGUGAUUUCCUCUCUGAAGAAUGGAGGGAGAGGAUUGCAAACACAAGCGUUAUUUUYGUGAAUAACUUUGCCUUCGGGCCCGAGGUGGAUCACCAGCUGAAGGAGCGCUUUGCCAACAUGAAGGAAGGUGGGAGAAUUGUGUCCUCAAAACCUUUUGCACCUCUAAAUUUUAGAAUUAACAGUCGAAACUUGAGUGAUAUUGGCACUAUCAUGAGGGUGGUGGAGCUGUCACCGCUGAAGGGCUCCGUGUCCUGGACGGGGAAGCCAGUGUCCUACUACCUGCACACCAUUGACAGAACCAUACUUGAAAAUUAUUUUUCUAGUCUCAAAAAUCCAAAACUCAGGGAGGAACAAGAGGCAGCUAGACGCCGUCAGCAGAGAGAAAACAAGAGCAACACCACGACCCCAACCAAGGUCCAAGAAAACAAGGUGAACAUCCCACAUUUCUGUGCUCUGAACGUGUUCCCCCUCAGGCUGGGAGUCAGGAGAGUCUGAGCACACCCAAACUGC